GAAUGAAACCCAAGUGAUUUACAAUAGACGCAGUCAUUGACUAGUGCUAGUGGCGACGCCAUUAUAUAUAGGCAAUAUUUAUAGUAUGUUGGCGUUGGAUCCCUGCUCGCUAUACACCGGAAUAUCAUUCAGUUUAGGAGUGCUGUUUUCUCUAAGUAACUAGAUCUACAGUUACUCUGUAUUACUGUUACUGUUAUAGUGGUCUGUACUAGAGAUAGUCAAUGUUGUAUCGUAGGGGUGAACCUAUAUCUAGUUCUGUCUCGUGUUUAUUAGUAAAAAUUAAAGGGAAAUAACAAAUCUAGUUCUAAUGGUAGAAAAUCGUUUUGUGCCAGUUAGAGUUAAUGCCCCGGACACAGAAGGAGACAUCAAAAUUCCAUGUUGAUUACAUUUCUUUUGGACUGGUACAAUGUCCCAGUCGAUCACUUUACACUGUUCGUUGGAUAAUAAAUAUUCAAGAACAUACUGACCACAUCAGGAAUGAAUGUUGAAAGUCAUACGCCUGAGAGAAAAAUCGAUACCAAGAAUAAAAUAGCUGUGUUGAUCUGGUUAUGUUUGGUGUCAGGCCUGGGAGCUAUGAAGAUAAUAGUUGGUUCUAUCAACAUCAACAGCGGGUGCCUCGGUCUGAGCCUGCUGCCCUACUACUUUUUGAUUGGUGGUGUUUUGGCUCUAGUCCCAGCUUGCCUGACUCUUCUGGUGUCCUGUUGUAGGCAGAGUGAGAACCUCUCGGACAUGUGGGGACUGAUGGCCAAGGUGUUGGCCUUUUGGUUGCUGCUCCUCAUCACCGGUACCCUGUAUAUAGUGACCAAUGCGGUCAAGGUGACCAGUGUGGAUAGACUCUGUUCCCACUCCUGGUUCGUCAUCCUAGCUUUCUGUGUUCUGGCAGCUGAUUGGCUGACAGUCGUCUUCUUCUAUCGUCUGUUCUGCAAGCUCGAGACUUUGCCGGAAGCUAGGCCAGAAACCCCACAGCCAUGCGCGGAAGACUCGCCAUUCUAUUUAUGGAAGAUGAGGCAACGAAUUGUCGUCUGAAAUAGUUAGACGGCUUCAUUGCAUUGCAAAAUCAAGAACCAGAUAAGGAAAACUAAGCGCCAACUGUAGCCCUGUCAUCUAGUCAGAAGAGGCAAUUGGUCAUCUUAAUGUCCACAGAUGGGCUUUGGUCGUAACGGUUGGAACAAGAAGAGCGCUUUCCUUUAAUUAAGAGAACUUAAUUGUAAUAAAUUAAUAGCGUGGUUAUUAUUACGAUAUAUCUAAGAUAUUAUGCAUGGUCCUAAACACCUGUUCUGUUAAAUAGAAUGUUAUUUUAUAGAACCCGAACAUCGCAAUUUUGUCUGCUGGCAUAUGGUUGCAUAUCACCAUAAGGCAGAUGAAACCACUGAUUAAUCUUGCCUGCUUGUGAUUUUAUAGUGAAUUGCAAGACUGGUAGAUCUACUUUUCAAUUCAGAGUAAUUUAUGAAGAAUCCGGAAGCAACUACAGAGAAAGGGGCAUUCUAAAACUAUUAGAAAUGUCCAAUGAACCAUUGUGGUGAAAUAAACGAGUAAACUCAAGAAAACAUUCGUCUUUCACUGAAGCUGUAAAGCUAAAACAUCUUAUUGUGCCGAUUUUUUUUUUUAGUGUAGAGGGUGUCAAAGUUAACACCAAGCGGCUUAUACGCCCUCAGUGUGGGAUGUGUGUGAGACAAAGAGAGAGAGAGAGAAAUUUAUUUUCAAUACGCUUGUAAAUUUGGUUGUGUGUGUGUGUCGGUCUCUGUCUCUGUGGCAUUUUACGUCUCGAGAGACGAUCUUUUCCCAUUGCUACUUCUUGUGUGACUAAAGAGGCCAAUCCUUGAUACACGGCUGCGAUCGCAGGUUGGGCAUACGUGAUCACCAGGCGCCGUUGCAUUUUCACCCUUCUUUCUGCUUCUGUUGUGUACAUCGUAUGUCAGGAAUCUAUUACAGUUAAGUUGAAUCAUGGAUGAAGUUAAAAAUUUCGAACUUUAAAAUGACUGUCCUUACCGGGAUUUGAACUCGAAAUCCAUCAGUUCGAACACCUAGCAUUUUACCACUUGGCCACCACACCCCCUAGUUUAAUUAAUGCUUAAGCGUUAUUUUUUUUUUAAUUUCUGUAUGUUUAUUUUGUCUUUAUGGUUGCUACGUUUAUAUGUGAUCUUUUUAAAUAUUAUCUCUGUAUAUAUAAUUUUCUAUGUCGCCCAACCAUGCGGGACACCACGCACGCACACCGACCCUCUAAACCUCCCCCCGCCCGCACCCUCGUCUUCCUCACUCUCCAGACAUGCGCACACAGCCGUUUGCCCAAACCCACCCCAUUUGAACAACUUUGUCUUUUAGGAAGUGUUCACCCGUCACUAAAUAGCGGAGUAUAAUACGCCGCGGGUCGACUAGUAUAAUAUAUUAUGUUAGGCGCUUCCGCGCUGUGUCUUAUACAGAUAAAGAACGGAGGCAACACUCAAAUAUAGAAAUCCAACAACACAGGUGAAAUGCCAACAAGAUGUGAUAGCCGACGCUGAUAGCGAAUGUCGAAUAAGUUAAAUAAUAACGAAGGGAACUGUCGAAAGUCGUCAAGCUAAAUCUCUACGUUCAUAAAAACUGCCUCUCUCUAGAGCCUUCAAAAGUAGUCUGUUUUUCAUUUCGCUAUUUUAACUCUUUCUCUCCGUAAUUAUUUACCACAUUCUGAUGGAAUCAACGCUGGUAUCGUCGGUUAGGAGAGAAAGAGUUAAUCCUAAAAUACUAGUCUUGGUUUGGACUUUGUCGGGACAUUGUCAAAAACUUUCCCUUUCUAUGAAACAAAUAAACUAAUUCCUAAUCGAGGCCGUCAACAAUUAUAAGACAUGUUUUGGAGUCCGAAGAUUAAUGAGGAGUUCAGUAUUUCACGUGGCUAUGGAGCCCCAGUUUAAAUAUAAGUCUGUUUGAAACGUGAUCUGUUUAUCUUAUCUUAUAUAAUACAGACGUUACUUCAAAAAAGAAGAGGGUCUCUGAUUAUAAGUGCUCUGUUAAUAUGUUGCGAAAAGAUAAUCUAUAUCGACCACCUGCGGACAAUGGUUAUGCUUGCCCUAGAUGUGGCAAAAUAUGUAGGUCACAGCUGGGACAAGCCUUAUUAUAUGCUGUGUGCUUAAAUGUGGACCAUGUUUAUAAGUGGUUUCUGUCUAAAUGUGGUCUGUUUCUAAGUGGACUCCGUUUAUAUGUGGUCUCUGUUUAUAUGUGGUCUGUUUAUUUGCGGUCUGUUUAUAUGUGGUAUGUUUAAAUGUGCUAUCUGUAUUUAUGUGGUCUGUUUAUAUAUGAUAUGUUUAUAUGUGAUCUAUCCCUUUCUCUAAAAAUUGUUCUCUAGAGAUUCUGUGUAAGUAUGUAUGAGAUUCAACAAAGUCUGUUGGCUUAUUAUUAUGUGAAUGUGAUUCUUUUGUAAGUCACUGCCAGGUCGUAUUGACGUCACCUAUGGGUGUGGCCAGGAGAUCGAGCAAUGUGGAAAUCAAUAAGGCGAACCUUGAUCGUACACCUGUGUGAUCACGUGAUUGAUCAGAACAAACUCUUAUACAGUCAGGCCGAAUUCUAUUCCAAUGCACGUUUCGGUACGGCCAGAUUGUGACUAUGCUUUGGUUACCUGGAUUAUGAGCAGUACCUUUGGCUAUAAUGUUUACCCAUUAAUACCAUGAAAUGAAGUAUCGUUGUUCGGGCCACACCUUGUCCUCGUACCAGAAAUCACAGCCUCAGAAACAUGAGUUCAUUUCGUCAGAUGCCAGUACAAUGCUUUCCCAGAUGUGUCUUUUUGCUUAAUGUAAAUGUGUAUUUUUAUACCAAGUGUAAAGUGUCUUUUUUUUAAAUACCUAGUGUAAAUGUGUCUUUUUUAUACCUAGUGUAAAUGUGUAUUUUUUUUUAUACCUAGUGUAAAUGUGUAUUUUUUAUAUCUAGUGUAAAUGUGUCUUUUUUUUAAAAUACCUAGUGUAAAUGUGUCUUUUUUGUACCAAGUGUAAAUGUGUCUUUUUUAUACCUAGUGUAAAUGUGUAUUUUUUAUAUCUAGUGUAAAUGUGUCUUUUUUAAAAUACCUAGUGUAAAUGUGUCUUUUUUGUACCAAGUGUAAAUGUGUCUUUUUUAUACCUAGUGUAAAUGUGUAUUUUUUUAUACCUAGUAUAAAUGUGUAUUUUUUUAUACCUAGUGUAAAUGUGUAUUUUUUAUACCUAGUGUAAAUGUGUCUUUUUUGUACCAAGUGUACAUGUGUCUUUUUUGUACCAAGUGUAAAUGUGUCUUUUUUGUACCAAGUGUAAAUGUGUCUUUUUUAUACCUAGUGUAAAUGUGUAUUUUUUUUAUACCUAGUGUAAACGUGUUUUUUUUAUACCUAGUGUAAAUGUGUCUUUUUUGUACCAAGUGUAAAUGUGUCUUUUUUAUACCAAGUGUAAAUGUGUCUUUUUUGUACCAAGUGUAAAUGUGUCUUUUUUAUACCAAGUGUAAAUGUGUCUUUUUUUGUACCAAGUGUAAAUGUGUCUUUUUAUACCAAGUGUAAAUGUGUCUUUUUUUUUUUAUACCUAGUGUAAAUGUGUCUUUUUUAUACCUAGUGUAAAUGUGUCUUUUUUGUACCAAGUGUAAAUGUGUAUUUUUUAUACCUAGUGUAAAUGUGUAUUUUUUAUACCUAGUGUAAAUGUGUCUUUUUUAUACCUAGUGUAAAUGUGUCUUUUUUUAUACCUAGUGUAAAUGUGUCUUUUUUAUACCUUGUGUAAAUGUGUCUUUUUUAUACCUAGUGUAAAUGUGUAUUUUUUAUACCUAGUGUAAAUGUGUAUUUUUUAUACCCAGUAUAAAUGUGUCUUUUUUAUACCUAGUGUAAAUGUGUCUUUUUUAUACCUAGUGUAAAUGUGUAUUUUUUUUAUACUUAGUGUAAAUGUGUAUUUUUUAUACCUAGUGUAAAUGUGUCUUUUUUAUACCUAGUGUAAAUGUGUAUUUUUUAUACCUAGUAUAAAUGUGUCUUUUUUAUACCUAGUGUAUAUAUAUAUUUUAAGUUGCGAAAUUUUAUUAUUUUCGCUGUUUCUUUUCAAUUUUUAAAAUUUCAUUCACGGCCACCACAUUCACUUCGCAUAGGGCCUCCAAUCAUCUAAGACCGGCCCUGUUAAAUUUUCUGUUCCAUUUACUUGUGUUAAUGUUGAAAUGUAAAUAAUAAUACGCUUGUCUUCGAAUCCGAAGAUUAAAUGAGGAGUGCAUUAAAUGUAACUAACAUUAUCCUAACAAUCGAGUCAGAUGAAAUGUUUAGCUUAGUUAAGUUUAUAUUGCCCUUGUUGGCUUACAAUAUUUGUGUAUAAAAUUAUAUAUUUAUAUGUUUCACGUAGGCUACUAAUGGUGUUGGACAACGGCUCGCUAGAGUCUGAUGUGUAUUAUAAAUUGUGUGUUGACUUGUGUGUUGCAAACACAUGUUUUGGUAAUCGCAGUAUUGUGCUGGAGUGAAGUGAACUCAGUGAUAUGUGGGGGUGCAGUUAACAGAACAAGAGGAGACACGAGAGGUGACAAAGAGAGAGAGAGAGAGAUACAGAGAGACUGAGAGAGAGAGAGAGAAAGAGAGAUUUAGAGAGAGAUAGAAAGAGAGAG